CACAGCCUGCGAUUCAUGUCUACCUACCUAGGUACCUUAACCCUCCGUGAUGAACUGGGACCGGGACAAGAGUAACUCCAGGCUACCACAAGCACCUACAUAAUCUCCCCAUGCCCAACAGACACACCACUGUCAUUUGUUUGCCAUGCUAACAAUUUCACCGUUCAACUAAUGGUUCCCAGUCUUCUGGUCAAGAACAAGCAUGAAAACGUGUGACAGACAAGAUGCCAUUCAUACGUCUCUAUCAAACAUCAGACCAUGAUGCCAUGGUUCACAUCUUCAAUGAAACCGCAGCCCCAGAUCUGAGAGCAGGGGGCAGAGACAUUCUAUACUUAUCAUCCCACAUCUGGUGUCGACCCUAUUUGUUUUUGCAGCAGCAGACAUGUUUUGUACUCGACGAUGGUGACGGAAAUCCGGUAGGCUAUUUGCUCGGGGUCGUGGAUACGCACGAGUUCGUUCGGAAAUACAAAGAGACAUAUAUUCCUCAUCUAUUGGCCAAAGGGCUCAACCCACCAGCGCCUGACGAGGACAAAGACUGGUCAACAAAUCUAGCGAAUGCCCUCAAAUCCAUCAUGCACCACCCCGAGGGUCUCCUGCAUAGCGAGGCUCCCGACUUGCUACUCAAUUACCCUGCGCAUCUACACAUUGAUAUCUUAACCAGCCAUCAAAAACAAGGCUAUGGACGACAAUUGAUUCAGCAAUUUGGUGAUGUGGCCAAGAAAGAGGGGGCACGAGGAAUGCAUUUGCUCAUGGCUGCCUCCAACGAAGAUGCGAAUCGAUUCUAUCCUAAGGUUGGAUUUGUACGAUUUCCACAUAUAUUGGAUGGCGGUGCCAGUGGGGAGCAAGGCCGUGACAAGAUUACUAUCUGGUACAUCAAGGACCUGGAACUAAGUAGUAACCUAAGUACCUAG